AUGAGGAGGCUCGUCCUCCUGCUGUGCACCGGCGUGACCUGUUGCAUCGCGGCGGGAGGCCCUCCGCGGGUCGCGGAGGCUGCGCUGCCGGGAGGAGAUGCCCCCGGCGCCCAGCUGCCGCGGGACGGGCAGGGGCCGGGGCCGGUGCCCCGGCCGCAGGUGAAGUUCAACCUCCGCUCCUCGCCGGACACCGAGGAGGACGGCUGCACGCUCGCCCUCGGGCAGCAGAAGCGUCUGGAGGACUGCAAGUUCAACGUGACAGCGAAGACCUUCUUCAUCAUUCACGGCUGGACGAUGAGUGGUAUGUUCGAAACCUGGCUGGGCAGUUUGGUAUCCGCUCUUCAGGAGAGGGAGAAGGAUGCCAACGUGGUCGUGGUGGAUUGGCUUUCGCUUGCCCACCAGCUCUAUACCGAUGCUGUGAACAACACGCAGAUUGUCGGAAAAAGCAUAGCGAGGCUGCUUGACUGGUUACAGGAGAACCCGCUCUUCCAGCUCGAGAAUGUCCACCUGAUCGGGUACAGCCUGGGCGCCCACGUUGCCGGCUUUGCUGGUAACCACGUCCAUGGGACAAUAGGCAGAAUUACAGGCUUGGAUCCGGCUGGCCCUAUGUUUGAAGGCGUGGACCCUAGCAAGCGUCUCUCCCCUGAUGAUGCUAAGUUUGUGGAUGUCCUUCACACCUACACAAGGGAAACACUGGGCGUUAGCAUUGGGAUCCAGAUGCCUGUAGGCCACGUUGACAUCUACCCCAAUGGGGGAGACUUCCAGCCUGGCUGUGGAUUAAGUGAUGUCUUGGGAGCAAUUGCCUACGGGACAAUUGGUGAAGUUGUUAAAUGUGAACACGAGCGGUCUGUGCACCUCUUCGUGGACUCCCUCGUGAACCAAGACAAACAAAGCUUCGCGUUUCAAUGUACCGAUUCCAGUCGCUUCAAGAAGGGCAUCUGCCUGAGCUGCCGGAAGAACCGCUGCAGCGGCAUCGGCUACAACGCCAGGAAAACACGGAACAAAAGAAACAGCAAGAUGUACUUAAAAACAAGAGCUGACAUGCCAUUCAAAGUCUACCAUUAUCAGAUGAAAAUGCAUGUCUUCAGCUACAAAAGCUUGGGAGAGGCUGAUCCCACUUUCUCCGUCACCCUUCAUGGUACCAAUGGAGACUCUGAACCCCUCUCUCUAGAAAUGCUUGAUCAAAUUGGCCUAAAUGCAACCAACACUUUCCUGGUCUAUACUGAAGAGGACAUGGGUGAACUUUUAAAAAUAAAGCUCACCUGGGAGGGAACAUCUCAGUCAUGGUACGAUCUGUGGAAAGAGUUGAGGAGCUACUGGUAUCGGCCUGCGAAGUCUGCCCAGGAACUGCAUAUCAGACGUAUACGUGUGAAAUCUGGGGAAACGCAACAAAGGUUUGCUUUCUGCGUGGAAGAUUCCCAGCUGACCAGUAUAUCUCCUGGUAAAGAGCUCUGGUUUGUGAAGUGCACAGAGGAAUAUCAAAAAAGACCUGUCUCAAAUUUGCUCUGAAGACUUCUCUAAAGACUCACAACUGAGCAACCUAGAUGCACAAAGACCACACAGGUGGAAAAAUGCUCUGGCAAGAAUCUGGCUUGGUAGCACUUAAAGCAACUAGCUCUUCAGGACAAAACAUCUUGGAUCAGACACAAGAAACUGAGGAGCAAUUGAUGGACUGUGGUCCUAGACCUAGAAUAACUAAAACUACAUUCUCCCUUCCCGAGGAGCCUGGUUUGUGCAUUUAACCUUACCUUGACCUGUUACAUGCUGCA